AUGAGUGAGAACCCAUUUGAUUCGUAUCUCGACCGUGAUCGAGCACAGGAACUAUCAACAGAGGAUGCCUUGUCUAAGCCCCAGCCGUCACUAGAGUUCUGUACUUUGAGUGUGGAGGAAUCCGUGCACAACCUGGGAACGGAUGCAUUCAAAGGGCUACCCUCUCAGAGUGACAUUAAACAACGCAGAGAGCAGUACGGAAACAACGAAAUUUGCUCGGACGAAGAAGGGCCCUUGUGGAAGAGGUUUCUAUCAAUGUUCGUGGGUGAUCCUCUGAUCUUAUUGCUAAUAGGGUCGUCCCUCAUCAGUUUUUUCAUGGGAAACAUAGACGAUGCUGUAAGCAUAACACUUGCUAUCGUAAUUGUCGUUACGGUGGGCUUUGUACAGGAGUACAGAUCUGAAAAGUCAUUAGAAGCUUUGAACCGUCUUGUCCCCGAUCAAUGCCGUCUUAUACGCUGUGGCCAAGAAAGUAAAGUCCUAGCCUCCGUUUUGGUUCCCGGCGACCUCGUUCGCUUUGGCGUUGGUGAUAGAAUUCCAGCCGAUCUAAGAAUUGUUGAGGCCGUUGACUUGUCUAUUGAGGAAAGCAACUUGACUGGUGAAAAUGAGCCGGUACAUAAAUCAGCAUCACCGGUGGAUAAAGAGCUUUACCAAGAAAAUGCAGGUUCGAUAGUACCUAUAUCUGAGAGGUCAUGCAUUGCGUUCAUGGGAACUUUGGUAAGGGAGGGUCACGGAAGAGGAAUUGUCGUCGGGACAGCCAAGAACACUGCUUUUGGUAAAGUUUUUGAAAUGAUGAACUCUAUUGAAAAACCUAAGACUCCUCUACAGUCCGCAAUGGACAAAUUAGGAAAAGAUUUGUCGUAUAUGAGUUUUGUCGUGAUUGGAAUCAUAUGUCUCAUUGGGGUCAUUCAGGGCAGAUCAUGGCUGGAAAUGUUCCAAAUAUCAGUUUCGCUGGCCGUUGCUGCGAUUCCAGAAGGUCUACCUAUCAUUGUAACAGUAACACUAGCUCUUGGUGUCUUAAGAAUGGCGAAAAGGAGGGCUAUCAUAAGGAGAUUGCCCAGCGUCGAAACCUUAGGCUCCGUGAAUGUUAUUUGUUCUGACAAAACAGGAACCUUGACAGCUAACCAUAUGACUGUCAGCAAAGUCUGGAGUCUUGGGAGCAUGUCAAACAAGUCCAACAUACUGAACUUAGAAAAGUCAGCAAAUGGAAACUUGAAAAAGCAUCUGACUGAUGAUGUUAAGGCUACUCUACGCAUUGGCAGUAUUUGCAACAACUCCACUUACUCUCAUGAGCAUGUGAAAUUCCUUGGCAACCCAACUGAUAUUGCUAUCCUCGAAGUUCUCCGUAAGUUUGGCUUGGAAGACGAAAGGCAAUUGGUUGCGAGAACAGACGAAAUUUCCUUUAACUCUAAGAGAAAGUUUAUGGCUGUUAGAGUAAAAGAGUCAAAUGGAAGAGCUAUGAUAUACGUUAAAGGCGCCUAUGAAAAAAUUCUCGAGAAAGCCACUCACUUCGUGAGCUCCGAAAACAAGUCCAUAAAACUCGAUGACUCCUUAAGGAGAGUAAUCAGUGAUACGGCAGACUCUUUAGCUUCAGACGGGCUGCGCACCUUAGCUUUUGCUCGACUCGAAGUUCCAAGUAAUUCAAGUCAAAAACUUGGCGAGGAUGAUAUUAAAGGCUUAGCCUUUGCUGGUUUGCUGGGUAUGAAUGAUCCUCCUAGGCCCAGCGUCAAGGCAGCUGUUGAAAGACUUUCUGAAGGGUCUGUGCAUAUCAUAAUGAUUACAGGUGACGCAGAAAAUACUGCUGUGAACAUCGCUAGACAAAUUGGCAUUCCUAUCCUCAACCCUGAGACUGCAGUUUUGAGUGGCGACAAGCUGGAUGACAUGUCAGAGGACCAGUUGGCUAGUAUCAUAGAUCAUGUGAAUAUUUUUGCCCGUGCUACUCCUGAGCACAAAUUGAACAUAGUCAAAGCCCUUCAGAAGAGAGGCGAUAUAGUGGCAAUGACCGGGGAUGGUGUAAAUGACGCUCCUGCUUUAAAGCUUGCGGACAUUGGUGUUUCAAUGGGUAAAAUGGGCACUGAUGUUGCGAAGGAAGCGUCUGACAUGGUUCUAACAGACGAUGACUUCAGCACAAUUUUGACUGCUAUUGAGGAGGGCAAGGGUAUCUUCAACAACAUCCAGAAUUUCUUGACCUUUCAGCUUUCAACGUCCGUUGCUGCCCUCUCUCUUGUUGCUAUCUCUACCGCUCUGAAAUUGCCAAACCCGCUAAAUGCUAUGCAGAUUUUGUGGAUUAACAUCUUAAUGGAUGGGCCUCCUGCUCAAAGUCUUGGUGUUGAACCAGUGGAUCAUGAAGUUAUGAAAAAACCUCCACGUAAGCGUACAGAUGCGAUCCUGACCAAAGAUGUUUUCAAGAGGCUUUUGCAAAGCGCUGCAUUUAUUAUUGCAGGAACAAUUUAUGUUUUCAUAAAGGAGAUGACCGAGGAUGGCGAAAUUACUGCUAGAGAUACUACGAUGACUUUCACCUGCUUCGUCUUCUUCGAUAUGUUCAAUGCACUGUCGUGUCGCCAUUCUACUAAGUCGAUCUUUGAGGUUGGGAUUUUCGCAAACAACAUGUUCAAUUAUGCCGUUGGAUUCUCUCUCCUUGGCCAAGUGUGCGCAAUUUACAUGCCAUUUUUCCAAAGAAUUUUCAAGACAGAGAGGCUCAGUCUCGGCGAUCUGUUUUUCCUGUUUACAAUCAGCAGCACAGUCUUCAUUGCCGACGAGUUGAGAAAACUGUACUACCGCAAAAAGAGAGCCAAUGACUCCUACUACUAUUCUGCCGUUUAG